AAUAAUAAAUCAGUAGCUGAGCGAAAGGGAAAACCGAUCGAGGAGGAGAAAAUCUGCAGAGAGCAAAAAUGGCGGCGUCACCUCGAAUAGAGAUAGAGAAGCUGAGCGUAGAGCAGCUAAAGGGGCUGAAAGAACAAGCCGAUAUGGAAGUCAAUUUGUUUCAGGACAGCCUCAACAACAUCCGCACCGCCACCGUCCGCCUCGAGCUCGCCUCCACCGCCCUCCACGACCUCUCCCUCCGCCCCCAAGGGAGGAAAAUGCUUGUGCCCUUAACGGCGUCGCUUUACGUGCCUGGGGUUCUAGAUGAUUCAGAGAAGGUCCUGGUUGAUGUAGGCACUGGUUAUUUUAUUGAGAAAACGAUGGUGGAAGGUAAAGAUUAUUGUGAGCGCAAAAUUUCUCUGCUCAAGUCCAAUUACGACCAACUUCUCGAGGUGGCGACGAAAAAGAAAAGUAUAGCAGACGAGGCUGGGGCAGUUUUACAAGCAAAAUUGAAGCAGAUGGCUCCUGCACAGUAGUUUUAGUAAGGUAUAUGAUUUUCAAGUCCAAUUGUUUGAAAUGGUCCUGUAAUCAAUCUCUAAUCAAUCUCUGCACACAUGGAUUGAUUUUUUUUGAUGUUUUAGCCAGUGCGAGUGAGAUUCAACAUAUUCUGCAGAGACGAGCUUUCUUCUCCGUUUCCUUUUUCCCUAUGUUUUGUAUGCAAUUUCGGUAUUUUCAUGUGAAAAAAAAAUGCUCGAUUAGGGGAGCUUCUUUCUUUCAAUGUGGUAUUUGGUAUAUUGAAAUUGAACACUUGUAACAUUCACCAUCUUAAAAUGCCCGACGACCAUCAUUGAGUGACAGACGAUUCAC